AUGCACAAACUGCUCGAGGCGGCGGGCAAAGAUGUAAGUAUUCAACUGUCUCCCAGCGAUUGUAAGGCACGUUCGCAGCGUCUGUUUGUGGUCCCGAUUGAAGCUUUUCGUUCCGACCACGUCGAUCGUUUGUUGCCAGACGAGACGUGUGCUCUGCGCCUUGUCGACACCGUCGCCACGUGGGACGAAGCAGUUCCACGACAGAGCGGACCUUUCGACCAGCGAGAAAGCCGAAAAGCUUGUUAUGGUGGAACUGGAAACGAGACCAGCACCGCUGACGCAGCCGUGUCCUAG